CUGUCCCGGGCCUGGAUGUCCUCAGAACGCUGCGGCUGUAAGCAGACACCAGCCGUCCGAAGGUGCCCUGCAGGACGGAGGCCGCCACGGCCGCCGCCAUCUUUCUGCAGCCUCGGCCGAGAGCGGAAGCGGAAGCGGCUCGAACCUGGUGCGUCGACGCACCGGGCCCGACCGGAAGCACCGCCCCGCGCAACAGCUGUACCUCGUCGGCUUCGGCCCGGGCCGGGCGGCGCCAUGGCCUCGGCGGCGGUGGAGAGCUUCGUGAUCAAGCAGUUGGACCUGCUGGAGCUCGAGAGGAGCGCGGAGGUCGAGGAGCGCAGGUCCUGGCAGGAAAACGUCUCUCUGAAAGAACUCCAGAGCCGAGGCGUCUGUUUGCUGAAGCUGCAGGUCUCCAGCCAGCGGACCGGGCUCUACGGGCGGCUGCUGGUCACCUUCGAGCCCAGGAGGUGCGCGUCGGCAGCUGUGCUUCCCAGUAACAGCUUUACGUCAGGCGACAUCGUGGGCCUGUAUGACGAGGACAGUCAGCUGGCCACGGGGGUCCUGACCCGCAUCACCCAGAAGCUGGUCACGGUGGCCUUGGACGCGUCCCAUGAUUUCCAGUUGAGUUUGGACCGAGAGCGUUCCUACCGACUCUUAAAACUUGCCAAUGAUGUCACUUAUAAGCGACUGAAAAAGGCGCUGACCACCCUGCAGAAGUAUCACUCCGGCCCCGCGAGCGCGCUCAUCGAGGUCCUCUUCGGUGCGUCGGCCCCCAGUCCUGCCAGUGACAUCCCCCCGCUGACCUUCUACAACACCGCCCUGGACGCCUCCCAGAAGGAAGCGGUCCUGUUCGCGCUGUCCCAGAAGGAACUCGCCAUCAUCCACGGGCCUCCUGGCACUGGGAAAACCACCACCGUGGUCGAAAUCAUUCUGCAAGCUGUGAAACAGGGCUCCAAGGUCCUGUGCUGCGCACCCUCCAACGUCGCCGUGGACAACCUGGUGGAGCGUCUGGCCCGGUGGAAGCAGAGGAUCGUGCGCCUGGGGCACCCAGCCCGGCUCCUGGAGUCCAUCCAGCAGCACUCCCUGGACGCGGUCCUGGCGCGGAGUGACGGCGCCCAGGUCGUGGCGGACAUCAGGAGGGACAUCGACCAGGUCCUCGGGAAAACCAAAAAGACCCAGGAUAAGAGAGAGAAGAGUCAUUUUCGAGAUGAAAUCAAGCUGCUAAGGAAGGAGCUGAAGGAGAGGGAGGAAGCGGCCAUGCUCGAGAGCCUCACGGCGGCCCGCGUGGUCCUCGCCACAAACGCAGGUGCUUCUUCGGACGGGCCCCUGAAGUUGCUGCCCGACGGCUACUUCGACGUGGUGGUCAUUGACGAGUGCGCCCAGGCCCUGGAAGCCAGCUGCUGGGUCCCGCUGCUGAAGGCCAGGAAGUGCAUCCUGGCCGGGGACCACAAACAGCUGCCCCCCACCAUCAUCUCGCACAAGGGCGGCGCUGCGGGGCUGGCCCUCAGCCUGAUGGAGCGCCUGGUUGAGGAGCGCGGCGCGGGGGUGCUGCGCAUGCUGACCGUGCAGUACCGCAUGCCGGCCAUCGCGCAGUGGGCCUCGGAGGCCCUGUACCACGGGCGGCUCACGGCCCACGCUUCCGUGGCCGGGCACCUCCUGCGGGAUCUCCCAGGAGUGGCUGCCACCGAGGAGACAGGCAUCCCCCUGCUGCUGGUGGACACGGCCGGCUGCGGGCUCUUUGAACUGGAAGAGGAGGACGAGCAGUCCAAAGGGAACCCUGGUGAAGUGCGCCUCGUCCGUCUGCACGUGCAGGCCCUGGUGGACGCGGGGGUCCCAGCCGGCGACGUUGCCGUCAUCACACCGUACAACCUGCAGGUGGACCUGCUCAGACAGAGCCUGGCGCAGAGGCACCCCGAGCUUGAGAUUAAGUCGGUGGACGGCUUCCAGGGCCGAGAGAAGGAGGCCGUGAUCCUGUCCUUCGUCCGAUCCAACCGGAAAGGCGAGGUGGGCUUCCUCGCCGAGGACCGGCGCAUUAAUGUCGCCGUCACCCGCCGGCGCCACGUGGCCGUGGUCUGUGAUUCCCGCACCGUCAGCAACCACACCUUCCUGAAGACCCUGGUGGCCUACUUCGCCGAGCACGGGGAGGUGCGCACGGCCUUUGAGUAUCUCGACGACCUCGUCCCCGAAAACUACUCCCACGAGGGCUCCCAGGGCCACAGCCGGGCCGGUGCCAAAGCCCAGGGCUCUGCCCCGCCAGCCAGGAGAGCUCCCGGGAGCAGGCAGCCCGCAGGGGCCAGGCCAGGCUGCAAGAAGCCGGGCGGGACGCCCUCCGACUCUGAGGCCCCGCCUCAGCCCAGCCUCAGCGGAGGCGGCCCGCAGGGAGCUGGGAGCCGAGACGGCGCAGAUCACUUGAGGGCCACGAUAGUGGAGUUUGUGUCCAGCGAGAAAACGCAGUUGGCGUUUCCCGCCUCCCUGAACUCGCAUGACAGGCUGCGGGUCCAUCAGAUGGCAGAGGAGCUCGGGCUGAGGCACGACAGUGCUGGGGAGGGCAGGGAGCGCUUCAUCACCGUGAGCAAGAGGGCCCCGCCAGCCCCCGCGGCCGCCACCCCGGCGGAGGCCGGCAGCAAAGCCCCUCUCUGUCCAGAGCCCCCCAGCCCCGCACACACAGAGGCCCCCGUCGGGGCGCAGAGCAGCCAGAACCAGCUGGACCUGAAGGCGCUGCACCUCGAGAGACUGCAGAGGGCGAGGAGCCGGCAGGAGCAGCAGGCCAGGGAGGGGCCACAGGCUGCGGGCUCCAAGCCACGCAAGUUCCCAGAAAAGAAGAAGAAAGAAGCGAAAGGACCCACGGCCAUAGACCUGCCGGCUGAGGAGGACUUUGACGCCCUGGUCUCAGCCGCCAUCAAGGCUGAUAACACCUGUGGCCUCGCGAAGUGCCCAGCCAGCGUGGUGACCCUGGGCCAGCUCUGCCAGCACUGCGGCCGCCGCUACUGCCUCAGCCACCACCUGCCCGAGGUCCACGGCUGCGGGGAGAGGGCUCGCGCCCACGCGCGGCAGAGAAUCAGCCGGGAAGGAGUCCUCUAUGCUGGCAGCGGGGCCAAGGACAGGUCCCUGGACCCAGCCAAGAGGGCGCAGCUGCAGAGGAGGCUGGACAAGAAGCUGGAGGAGCUGACCGGCCAGAGGAAGGGCAGGAAGAAGGAGAAGGGGCAGUGAGGGCCAGCGCCACGCCGCCUCCGGGCCCAGCGUCGUUGGCGAUGUGGCUGCAGGGCGAGUGGGCUUCCCCCAGCCUCUUUCUGUUCCCUGUGGCUGCUCCUGGCGACAGGGGUGCUGCCAGACCCAAGCCGUCCUCCAAGCCGCGGGGCCAGGUGCCUGCCAGUGGCAAGCUUCUCUGACGCACUGGAUGGCGGCAGAGAGGCCACGCCAGGGCCAGCGGCCCCUCCUCAGGGCUGGGGGGCGGCCCGGGGGCACUGUGUGCCAUCCUCACUCCCGCCCGGACCGUUUCCCGUCUCAUCUUCCCUCCUGGUCAGCACCGAAUCCCCAGCCUCUGAGCCCCGGGCGGCCGCGGGGACAGCAGGAGCCGCACCUCCGAGAUGAGCCUGGGCCUCAGACUCCGCGAGAGCGACGUCCUGCCGCCCAGGGCCGGCUGGCCGCCCGCCCAUCAGGUGAGACGGCGCACGGCUAAGGCACUCGGAGCCCGCCUGCCCCGGGUCCCCGGGCGGCCCGCCUCUGCUGGAGCCGGACUUCACCGAGGUCAUUUUCUGUCUCCUGUGGCUGCAGCCACCCCACCCUGACCGGACAGGGCAGCAGACAGAGCCCUGGCCGUCCCCUGCUCCCGGCAAGUCUGGCGUCGCCCCAGAGUGUGGCUUACGGGGGCGCCCUGGCCUGGCCCAACCUGUCCCCGUGCUGUUCCCGGUGUCAGUCCUGCGAAGGGGUGGCCCUGGGCGCCCGCCUUGCUGACACGCUCACCCUGAGCCCUGGGGGUGUCUCCGAGAACCUCUCCUGGAUGUGUUGUUUUAGCCUCAGGGAUUUCUUUGUUUCAAAAAGGUGUAAAUUAUUUAAAAGUUAAAUGACUUAUGCCCGCUGCCCACAGGCUGUCUGUUAUGUGUCUCAGACGCUCACUCUUCCCCUCUGUGCCCCAAGGGUCCAGGGCGAGCUCUGAACACUCGGGCCUGGGAGGGCUCUGUUCUGGGAGCAGAGACGGGAGAAAACCUCCCUGUCGUGCUCGAUUUUUCUACCACGAGAGUCAGGGCGGCACGUUUCGGGUCCCAGACGGAUGAGGAGGACACAGGGCCGGGGCUGGCCUCCGCCCCGCUCACGGGCAGGAGGUGCCGUGGGGCCGGGGCCUCCCCCUCAGGUCUUGCCCUGCCUGUGUCCCGUCCUGGCCCCUCCUCACCUGGGCCUCGUGUCCCCUCCCCCAGUUGUCAUUCCUGUCCCCUGCGCCUUCAGUGUGACUGGUCUUCAGGGGUCUGUGUUUUUGGCCUCAGGAGCCCCGUCUGUUCUGUUGUUGUGCCAUUGACCCCGUGUGUCAUCCUGCACCUCGAUGGCGCCUGACCUCCUGCCAGGCUCACGUGCCUGACCACUGCAUCUGCCAUUCCGGGCCCCGCCACCCAGCCUGGCUCCCUCUGUGUCCCUUCUUGUGGGGAUGACCUGGCACCCCUCUCUGUCCCCUCUCGUGGGAAUGGCCUGGUGCCCCUCUCCGUGUCCCCUCUCUGUGCCCCCUCUCGUGGGGAUGGCCUUGUCCCCUCUCCAUGUCCCCUCUCGUGGGAUGGCCUGCCCCCUGCCCAGGCCCCAUGCCCACUCUGCACCAGAGCCCCUCCCCCCCUUGCGUGGGCGUCUUGCUUGUUCACUCCUAUCGAGUGACUUUAGGACUGAACUUUUCAGGAAGCGGGAGGAGCGGGGACCCCCUGCGUCGUGUGUUUAAGUGCUACAUGUGGUCUGGCAGUGAUUUCCAUCAGCCCAGAGCCCUGCUGUUCGCAGAGCGUCCCCGACUCAGCCCGGGUUCCGGCUGCCCUCAAGGACACUGGCUGCUGGAAACAUGGUCAGGGUUGCAGGGUCAGGAGGUGUCUGCAUUUGAAGCAUCGUGUCUUGGUGGCUGAGGAGCAUGGUGGCAGCUCGUUCACCUGCCGAGGAUGCUAAUCUUCCUGUCUCCGUGGUAAUAGGCCUUGAUCCAUGGGCCACAGGGAGGCUCUGGGUCCUCGACUGGGUCAGAGAACACACCUUAAUGGCCACAGCAAGGCCAGGUUCAGGGAUGGGCCAGAGUCCAAACAGGCCCAUCAGGCGUCUACCCUGGGAUCCACACACAGGAGCUGGAAGAAAGAUGGCCGCCCUCCCUGCCACCUCGAGGAAGCCUGCGUGCAGGAGAGAAGGAGGCCAACCAGAAACAGCCAAGAAUGGACCAGGGUGAAUAACCUGAUCACACUGAGCACCUGGAUCCAGCCACACCUGACCUCCAGUCCAUUCUCAGUGCCUGAAAUAAUAAAUCCCCUUUCUAGCUGA